AUGGCCACUGUGACCACCGACGUCCAGAGCUUUCUCUCAUCCGCCGACUCCGUGAAACCUGCGCUGCCGACGCUGGACAAGCUCGGUGUUUCCCUUCAGCCUGAUCUCGAUGUGCAGAAAGUCGCCGCAGAGUGGUUCCGAGCAUUCUCUCAGCACAUAUCCUCCAGCAAUGUCCCCGGAAUUGUUGGUCUCCUGCUUGAAGAUGGAUGGUGGCGCGACCAGCUUGUCCUCACUUGGGAGUUCCGGACGUUCCACGGGGCGGACAAGGUUCAGAAAUUCCUCGAAGACCGACUCCCCGUCGUAAAACCGGCAUCAUUCAAGCUCGGAACCGUCAGCUUGACGCAGCCGUAUCCUGACCUCGCCUGGAUCGUGGGCUUCUUCGACUUCGAAACCGAAGUUGGAGUCGCAAGCGGUGUGUUCCGGCUCGUGCCUACGUCAAGCGGGGUCUGGAAGGCGUUUACUGUUUAUACCAACUUGGAAGAUUUGAAAGGAUUCCCAGAAAAGAUUGGUCCGAAUCGGGAUUUCCAGCCCAAUCACGGCAAGUGGGUGACCCAACGGGAGCAAGAGAAAGCGUUCGUCGACCGUGAUCCUGCUGUCCUCAUCAUUGGUGGUGGUCAGAGUGGCUUGGAUGUUGCGGCAAGAUUGAAGCACCUUGGCAUCUCGAACUUGAUUGUCGAGUCGCAGCCCCGCGUUGGAAAUCAAUGGAGAUACAGAUACGAAGCGCUCUGCUUGCAUGACCCUGUCUGGUAUGACCAUAUGCCCUACAUGCCAUUCCCUCCGUCCUGGCCUGUAUAUACCCCUGCACAGAAGCUUGCUGGAUGGCUCGAGUAUUAUGCCGAAGCCAUGGAACUCAACAUCUGGCUGUCGACGACCGCAACGCGUAUCGAACAGCUAGAGGGUGGUAAAUGGACUGUAGCAGUGCAAAGGGAAGAUGGAAGUGAGCGCGUCUUCCACGUUGACCAUGUAGUGAUGGCGCUUGGAUUUGGGGGUGGCCUGCCCAAGAUGCCAACUGUCCCUGGGCAGGAGGAGUUCCAGGGGCAAAUACUACACUCUACAGAACACGGAUCUGCGAGGGACCAUAUCGGGAAAAAGGUAGUAAUUGUGGGAGCAGCGACGUCAGCCCACGAUAUCGCCGGUGAUUACGCCGAGCAUGGUGUAGACGUUACACUUUUCCAGAGAAGUUCGACGUAUAUCAUGACGACGAAGGAGGGUAUGCCACGCGUCUUUCGGGACUAUUGGGAGGGCGCAGCACCUACGGAUAUCGCCGACCGCUUGAGUAACUCUUUGCCAAUCAAGCUGCAGAAGGAGAUCGCGAAGCGCUCCACGAUUGCCAUUGCACGAGCAGACAAGGAACUCCUGGAAGGGUUGCAUAAGGUCGGAUUUAAGUACCACUUCGGUGUCGACGACUCUGGCUUCUUGCACAUGGCCUUCACGCGGGGUGGAGGCUACUACCUGGACGUCGGCACGUGUCAGAAGAUCGUCGACGGCAAGGUCAAGUUGAAGAACGACAGCCAGAUCGAGCGAUUCACCAAGACUGGACUCAAAUUCACAAAUGGUAGCGAACUUGAGGCGGACGUGGUCCUCUUCGCAACUGGCUUCGAGGGAGCUGAUACAGCAAUUAAGAAGCUCGUCAGUCCAGAGGUUGGGUCUAAGUUGGGGCCCAUCUGGGACUUGACUCCGGAAGGCGAGGAACGGGGUGCAUGGCGAUGGCUCGGUGUACCAAACCUCUGGUUUAUGAUGGGUAACCUCGCAAUGUGUCGUUUCCACUCGAAACAUCUUGCGCUACAAAUCAAAGCUAUACAGGAGGGCAUAUACGGGCAGCGUUAUGCGCCGUGA